CUGCUCUGGGGAACAGGACUAACUUUAGACAUGCAUUAGAGGGAGAGAAGAAGGCCGGCCCCCACACAGGGACACCACAAUGUCCAGCUGGGACUCGCCACCAGAUUACCCCCUCAGCUCAGACUUAGUGAGGAGAUUAAAGUCUGCCCUGGCCACUGGGGACAAGGACACUGUGCAGGAACUGAUCUGCACUGAGGUGAGGCCCGUGGAUGCCGUGAUAGAGCUGGCCAACGACAACUGGAUGAAGGAGCCUUCAGCCCAGCUGCCCACAGGCGCGCUGCUAGGAGAUCUGGACCAUAGUCAGUCCCUCAUGGACCAGUUCUUCCAGGAUGCCAAUGUGGUGUUUGAGAUCAGGAAUGAAGAGAUGGAAUGGCAGGUGACAUCCCUGGCCACCUUUGGGCUAUCAGGCCUCUGGACCCUGGAGUACAAGCGGGAGCUCACUACGCCGCUGCGCAUCGCUGCGGCCCACGGCCGUGUGUCCUGCGUGCGACACCUGCUUAGUCGCCAAGCUGAUCCCGAUGCCAGCCCCGGAGGUCGCGGUGCCCUGCACGAGGCCUGUCUCGGGAGCCACACCGCCUGCGCCCGGCUGCUGCUCCAGCACGGCGCAGACCCAGAUCUGCUCAGCGCAGGGGGCCUGGCGCCCCUGCACCUGUGCCGCACGCCGGCCUCAAUUGGGUGCGCUCGGGCGCUGCUGGAGCACGGUGCGACCGUGCAGCUGGAGUGCGGCCCGGAACGAGACACGCCGCUGCACGUGGCGGCCCGGCGCGGCCUGGACGGGCACGCGCAGCUCUACGUGGGCCACGGCGCGCUCGUGGACGCGAGGAACGGCCGCGGCGAGACGGCCCUGAGCGCAGCGUGCGGGGCGGCCCCGCGGAGCGCCGACGAGCACGCGCGCGGCCUGCGCCUCUGCGCGCUCCUCCUGCGCGGCGGCGCGGCGGCGGACGCGCGCGACGAGGACGAGCGCAGCCCGCUGCACAAGGCCUGCGGCCGCGCGCGCCCCGACCUGUGCGCGCUCCUGCUGCGGCACGGCGCCGACGCGGGCGCGCUCGACUAUGGCGGCGCGUCGCCGCUGGCGCGCGCGCUGCAGACGGCCACGUGCGCGCCCCCGGCCGCGCCGCCGCGCACUGUGCAGGCGCUGCUCAACCACGGAUCCCCUUCCGUGUGGCCCGAUGCCUUCCCCAAGGUGCUGAGAACAUGUGCACAGGUGCCCGCUGUCAUUGAGGUUCUGUUCAACUCCUACGCUCAGCUGCGAGUGUCUGAGUCCUGGCGGGAGGCCAUCCCUGAGGACGUAUACCAGAUGCACGAGCCUUUCUACAGGUCCUUCUUCGCCUUGGCGCACACGCCGCGCUGCCUGCGGCACCUUUGCCGCUGCACCAUCCGAAAACUCCUUGGCAAGAAGUGCGUCCACCUUGUACCCCAGCUACCCUUGCCGGAGACGCUGCAAAAUUAUCUGCUUUUGGAGCCAGAGGGGGUUUUGCACUGAAACUACAGGCUUGGAGCCCAGGUUGCCUUUCCACAAAGCCAGUUUCAGAGGGUCACUAUAGGGGAACGGGGUGUACACCCGGCCCUCUCCAUCUCCCAAGUGACCAGCAGAGGCACAGAGCCUAAACUACAGCUUGGUACGGAACUGGUAAUAAAAGCCUCUCUGUUCCUGGGGCUGGAGAGAUAGAUGCAGCAGUGAAGAGCACUGGCUGCUCUUGCAGAGGACCUGGCUACAAUUCCCAGCACUUACCUGGUUGUGCACAGUCAUUCAUACCUCGAGUUCCAGGUUCCAGGGGUUCCGGGGCUGCCCUCUGACCUCCAUGGACACUGGAUGUGCAUGUGUGCAUGCAGGCAAAACAUUUACAAAACAAAGCGAACAAAUGUAAGCUUGUUUGCUUGUUUAUUUUAGAAAACCCUCUUGGUGCUUAUGAGGUAUGCUCGGCCAGCGGCUCAGUAGUUGCUGUCAGAAAGUACCUAAGCCAAAGUCAGACUAAGGGAUAAGAGCGGUCUCCAAGGCUUAUCUCCAGCCCCCGGGUCAGCAGCAUGGGCACGUCUUCCCCCGGGGCUGAAGACUUUCGGGCUUGUAGGAAAGGCUGCCCACCCCUCCUGGAGCCAAGCCACUCGGAGGAGAACCGUGCCCAGAACAUAGCAGAUGCCAGCUAGGCGCACACCAGCUCCAGGCCCAGGUGUACUUUGCGGAGCCCAUUGUGCUUGCAAACAUUUGGGACCCCAGCUCUCUCAGCGUGCUGGAGGAUGGCAAGCCAGACCGUGGUCAUUCAGACGUCUUCUGCCUGAAACCCUAGAUCAACCCCUGCUGGUCCCACUCUGGUGACUGAUGCCAAAAGCCAGAUGCCAGGAAAAGCACAUAGACUGAGAGGCACCUGAGCUCAGAAAAAACAAAGUCAAGAAAGUCAUCUGCAGCUUGCUUGUCUGCACCCCUCUUAACUAUUGUUAGGUUAUGGAUGGUGAGAUGGUGGAUGGCAGAUCUCCUACAGGCUUGGAAUCUGGUGGGCUGGAGUGUUCUGGGAACGCAGGUUUCUCCACUAACAUGACACUUCGCUGCUGCUUCUAAGUGUCACCGAGGCCCAGAGCCCAGCCCAGAUAAAGAACUCAACAGAUACUUCCUUUCAGUCCUACAAACAGGAAGAGGAAGCAGGGAAAGAGACACAGCCCUGCCCGGCACUCGGAAGCCAGGCCCCCUCUAAUUCUCUGAAUGAGAGUGCGUGCUUGUCCUCUGUGCCAUAUCCACAGCCACCCUCUCCAUCCAUCCCACCCCAUCUGAGAAAAUGCUUCAGCUGUAUUCUAAACUAUCGUGGUAUCCAUCCCACAAAUAAAUAAAUAAAUAAAUAAAUA